AUGCUAUUUACUGCUAGGAGUAGUGUUCUCUUCAUGUAUUAUAUCCUCUUCAUUUUAUUAAUAACUUUUAAUCAUAGUAUUCAAGAAGAAAAUUUACACGGAAAAUUUAACGAUAUUAAAAGUGUUUGUAAUGAAUCUGUAUGGAGUUGUACACCUACAUGUAGAAUACAAUUUGAAGGUAGAACUGGAAAAUGCCAAAAACCAAAAGAUGAAACGUGUUUUGGUUCAUCUAUAACAUACAAAUUUGUUAACGAUUUUGCCAGCAAAAGUCUUAUAGAUUCAUAUGGUAUUUUAUCUCAAUACCCUGAUUGUUGGCAAUACAUGAAACCUCUUUUGUGUUCUAUAGCCUAUCGACCAUGUAGUAUUCGUAGUUAUUUUUAUGAUGGAAUAAAUUCUUCUGACAACAAUAUAAUGGAAUCGUGGCAAGUUUUUCAGCAAAAAAAUUGUUUUAUUGCAAAAGAAAAAUGUCCUACAGUUGUAAAAGAAAAUUUAUGGCCUGAUUUUUUAAAAUGUGAUGAUUUUGUCAAACCUGAUGUUCAUAUUACUGAUAAUAGUCUUGCCAAUUAUAAAAGAUACUUGUUCGUAAAUAAUACACUAUGCAAAUCUCCCUAUAACGGUUUAAGUAAUGAAGAAUCAACACAAAAUAAUAAUUGCAUGUGGCCACUGGUUAGGAAAAAUAUUUCUAAAAACAUAUUUGUUAAAGGUUCUCCAAUAGUUGAUACUUGUUUUUUACCUUGUAAAAAUUCAUUGUUUUCUGAUAAUGUGGUUUACUCUGUUUUUCAAUUGUCUGUAGGUAUAUUUACAGGCUUUGUACUUGUUGUUUCUAUUGUACUUUUCAUUUAUAUUGUUAAAUAUACAAAAGUUUUUCAAAGUUCGUAUAUUAUGUUUUUGGUUGUUGCAUUUUUUUUCACCAAUAUUUUAUACUUCUUCGUCUACUUUCUUUCAUCAAUUUCAAGUAUUGGCUCGAAAAUAUCAUGCUUAGAUGGAGGAUCUAUAAGAAAAAGCAGCAGUUAUUUAAUGUCAAAUAGUUUUGAUUCUUGCCUUUUUCAAGGUAUACUUCUUCAAGUUAUUUUAAAUUCAUCAUAUCUAACCCUUGUUUUUAUUAUUUUUUGCCAUUAUGCUCAUCCUAAAUUUUGUUUUAAUCACUAUAUUUUAUUGGGCUCAAAAUCAGAGUAUACUUUAAAUUCUCGUAUUCCGUCAAAAGUACUAUUUCUAGUUACUAAUUUAAUUGUAUCUAUUAUUUUAUGUUCAUUUAUUAUCUUUUCUAACAGCAUUUCAUCAUCUGGAAUAUUUCAAAUUUGUAAUGUAGGAAGUUUAUCCUUCAAAUCUGCUUUGAAUAUGUACUAUCCAAUGAUAAUAUUAAACAUAGUUUCUAUUGGUAUACCAAUUGUAAUAAUGGUUAGACGAUCUUUAUCAAUGAGAAUGAUAGAAAAAAAUGAAGCAGAAAAGAAACAUAGACCAUUAUUUGGUAACAUGGGAGCUGUUUCUUCAUGGAUAUCUGACAAUAUAAUAUAUCAACAAAGAAGGAAUAAUGAUAGGGAAUUGGGUUCUAUGGACACAUUAAAUUUUAAUGAUUUAGUUUUUUGGAAAAUUGAUGAUAAAUGGAUGAUCGUAAUUAUUGUUACAAUGAUAUUAUCAUGCCUAAUCAGUAUGUCGCUACAUAUAAAAAUUGGUUAUAAUAAUUUGUAUGAAGAAAAUGAAAUAAAGAAAUUCCAAUCCUGUGUUUUAAAUAAAAACAUUGUCGAAGGGCAAUUAACACAAAAUCAAAGUAACUUUCUUAACUACAUAUCUAAUUCUGAUGAUCCAUUACUACGCAAAAAAGAACUUUUAAAUCAACCAACUAAUUUUUUCAAUAACUGUGAACUUCCCUCAAUUGAUCAUACUUUAUCAAUACAUUUUAUAAUUUAUCUUUUAUUAAUACCUGCUCCAUUUUACAUACUUUUAGUAUCCUCAAUUGUUGGUAUUUUUAAUGAAAAAUAUGGUCUUAAUGGAUUGAAGGAAGGAAAAGACGAAUGUGAAAGAAAAAUUAUAAAAAAUAUUGAAAAUGAAAAGAUUUCUUCUGCUAUGGAGAUGGAUACUUGUGAGGAGUCAGAAUUAUUAUCACCUUCUGAACAACUUGGGAAUCUAUAUCCAAAAACACAAAUGUAUACAAACAAUAUCAAUUACAAUCUAAAUGAUAGAGAUAGAUAUUUUUAUGAAAGGGAUUUCAGAUAUAUUACAACAUUUAGAAAAGUUACAGACAAAGUUGGUACAAAUGCUGAAAAUAAUUGUAAUGAUAAAAAUAAUGAACCAGAAAAAGUUGGUUCUUCAACUUCUGAAAAUACAAUUCCUUCUGAUCUUAAAGACACUAUAGAAAGAAGUAAUGAUACUGAUGUAGGAAAGGGAACCGACACUAACAUGGAUGAAUCAUGUUUUUAUUCUCAAAAUUCAUAUAAAACAAAAGCUACUUUUGCAACAACUGGUUUUGAUUCAUCUUUGACUGAUGAAGAGAAAUUGUCAGUCAUUCAAGAAAUGUACAAUAAUCAUUAUAACAUGUAUUAUCGAGAAAAUUCUUCAACUAUAGUAACUGGUGAUGAAUUAAAUCUUCAAAUUUUGCCUGAAAUGGAAACUAUGGGUGUAGAUUCACCUUUUAAUUACGAUUAUAAUUCUCUGGAUAAGAGUGUUGUUUUCUAUCCGUUAUAUAAGUCACAAGUUUUAGUAAUUGAUAAAGAAUUAUUUCAUCCUGGAUAUACUCCAAGUCAAAUUAUGUUUAUUUUAUGGCUUCAAUAUGAAGCAUUAGAACCAGAAAAACGAGAAACAUUUAUAAAGCCAGAUAUUCCGUUAUUUAUUAACUAUGAAGGAAGAGAUAUUUGGGUUGAACCUCCACAAGCAUAUAAUGAUGACAGAAUUGAACGUUCUGAAUAUGAUAUAUUCAUAACACCAGAUAAUCCAGCUACUAACCCAUUUCAUUAUGCUUUCAAAUGCCCUACAUUUUUAGAUCGUCAAAAGGCUCAGUUUAAUCCUGUACAAUUAUGUUUCUUUAUUCAUGAUCGUCCUGAAAUAUUUUCACGACACUAUCCUAAAGAUAUUAGCGAUCCAAAAAAUCAUUAUGAAAUGGUCAGAUUUUAUUUUCCAAAUAAUCGUUUGUAUGUUGCUUAUGAUGACAUUGAACAACUUGAUUUUGUAUUAUCAAAUGCAAAAAGUUUAUGUGAAUCAAAAAUUUCAAAUGAAAGUCUUAGUCCAUUUGGUUGCAACUAUCAUUUAUUAUUCCAUUUUCUAGAAUCAUGUCAUGUAUUUUAUGAAUAUUGUCCCAAAUACAAUGGACAUAUAUCUGAAUAUGAAGUUGAUCCUCAUACAAGAUGGUUAUACUUCAAAUCAAGAUUAUAUGAUCAUUUGAAAGAAUUUUUUGUUGAUGUAGAAGGUUUUAGUAUUGAAUCAGAUUUUGAUACACCUGUUGAUCCUGAAUAUAAGUUAUUUGUUAAAAGAAAAAGAUGGUACAGUGCUGUGAAAAAUGAUCCAACAUUACUUUUUGACUUAAAAAUUGAAAAUACUUAUCAGGCUUUUAUUCAUGGACAUGAUAUAUCUAUUUUACCAAAUGCUUUGGAUAUCCUUAUUUCAGACAGUGAUCCAUUCAAAAGUGAUAUUAUUAUGAGAGUUUGUCAGAAAUUUUGGUCAUUAGAAAGUCAAUAUCAAUUUUUUAAAGAUUCUGGUAAAGAUCCAUGUGAAAAUCAAUUUAUUAGAGUAUUUAAUGCAUUAGAAACAUUUAUUCCAAAAGCUGUUGUAGCAAGGAAUUCUUUGUUAAAAAAGUUUUUCAAUGAAGUUGAUCAAAUGCGUCGUUCUGGUCCCGGUGGACAUUUGUUUGAUGAUGUUUUAGGAAUAGGUAAUAAUUAUUUUAAACAUGAAUACGAAGUACCGUAUGAUCCAGUUAUGUAUCUUGAUGGACGUCAUGAUCUUGAUUAUAAUGGUGAGGAUGACCAAAAUGAUGAAGAAGAAAGAGAAUUCUUUUUCCCAGAUGAUGAAGAGUAUGAAGAAGAAGUAGAAGAAGAGGAAGAAUUGGAAAUAGAGUCUGAUUCAGAACACGAAGCAGAUGAUGGUUUUGAGUCUGGUGCAAAUACUGAUAAUGAUGACUAA